AUGUCAGCUGAAGCAAUAGGUGCUGCCUCUCACACUGCAGUAACUACCGCCAACGAUUCAAAGAACCCAGUCAAAUUAGCGGUUCCAGAGUCGGCUUCGACCCCGGAAGCCGGCGAUGCUUCAGCUGAAUGUUCACCCGGGGGUAAAGGAGACGCCGACUCUUCUAUGUCUGAACGUGUGAGUAUUAGGGAUCUAGAGCUUAAGGAGGAUAUCGUGGUUACGGCAGCGAGAGACCUAGAGACCAUUAUGCUAGCUUUGGCGCAAGGGGAAGUUGCAUCAGCUCGACCCCGACAGGGAUUAUCUGGUGAAUCAACCCCAGAAAAGCAGCGUGUCUCGAGCGCGGGUCCAGAGUAA